AUGACAGCUGCCAUUAAAGUCGUCGACACAGCUCUUAGAGAGGACUUUGGGUUCGAGCACAUCUUGUGGGUGUUCAGUGGCAGAAGAGGCGUGCAUUGUUGGGUCUGCGACAGACGAGCAAGGAGAUUAACCAAUGAGCAACGGUCGGCAAUAGCUGAAUACUUUCGAGUGUAUAAGGGAACUGAAGCCAAUGGAAGCAAGGUGUCUUUCUCCGGUGCUGCUCUGCACCCCUCCCUCAUGAGGGCAUACGACCAAGUAUUAAGAGGCACGUUCGAGAGCGAAGUGCUGCCCAACCAAGAGCUGCUGAGCCAAACAGAAACAUGGAAGAGGGUGCUGAAUCAACUUCCAGACCAAGAGCUGCAGGAUCGGAUGGAUGCCACGUGGCGCAGCGACAGCAGGCGUGCGUCAGCAGCUGCUGACGUCAACUUGUACAGGUGGCAGCAGCUGGAGGCCGCCACACGAGCUGCGGCUAAGAAGAAUGCAUCGCUAAGGAAGGCUGUGGAGGAGAUAGUGUUUGCCUUCACGUACCCUCGCCUCGACCUGGAGGUGUCGAAGCACAUGAACCAUUUGCUCAAGGCCCCGUUUUGCGUGCACCCCAAGACAGGUGCUGUGUGUGUGCCCAUCGACCCGGCCAACUGCGGCAUUGAGUCAACAUCACUCGCUCCCUUCAUGGAAAUCUUCCAAAGCACCUUCCUGCGGCCAUUGCUUUCUGCUUCCAAGGAGGAGCUGGAGGCAGAACAUAAACAGAAGCUUCACAGUGGUGCAAACUCCAGAACAGUGGAUUGGUAG